AUGAGCAAACAAAUAAAAGCUUACUUAGAUAUUUCGAAUCCUUACUACCCUUUCCGAUAUUUUAUACUACAACAAAUAAUACUAUUAACAAAAAUAUUAUCAGUUUACUGUACUUCAGACAAAGUAAAGAUGUUUAAAGGUACUGCUUUCAUAUCCUUCCUAUUUUGCAUAACGACAAUCUCAUUACUUUCAAUAACACAAGUUUCCUCGAAAAACGUUGUGAAUUUAGAAACAUUUAAGGACUCUAACGGGAAACUACAUAAAAGAUUAUUACCAGGCAAUAAUAUCCUAGAGAAUACAAAUUUAAACGAGGGAAAUCCAACAUUAUCAAAAAGAUCUCUCAAUAAGAAACCUUUCAAUUUAAAUGAUAUAUUUUCUCCAACAUCAUCACACCAAGAUACCGGUAGAGAAACCAGCGAAUUCCAUAUCGUUGCGUUAGAUUCUAAACUACCAUUGUUUAAGGAGAUUGAAUUGUUUGCAAGUUAUAUAAGGAACGAUCCUGAAACAUAUACCAAAUUAUCAGAUUCUAAUCAAGAUCUUAUCAUAAUCGCACCAACAAAUAACGCUAUCGUUAAUCUAUCUUUGAAACCAUGGCAAUUUCCAAGAGAUAUCUCUAAAUUGGAAGAUGAAAAAGCUUCAGAACUGGAUAUUGAUUUGGCAAUAGAUGAGAAUAUUUCCCAAUUUGUAAGAUCUCAUAUCGUCGCUUAUGACGAUAAUAGAUCAAAUAUAUUGGAAACCCCAAAGAAAGGUGAAGUAUUAUUGAAAAGUGUCAACGGGAAUGAAAUCCUUUUGAAAAGAAAUGAAGUGGGUUCUUUGGAAAACGAUUUUUGUAUCGCUUCAACAAGAGAUAAUAUCUAUCACCCUGUAGAAAGAAUUAUUACCAGUGAAAAUGGUGUGAUUUUGAUCAUUGAUUCAUGUUUAGAAUGGCCAGAUGAUACAGCUUAA